UCGCCACUCUUAUCUUCGCAGGAGGCACCCAAGAUGCCGAAUGGCAUGUAUGAUGGCACCAUGUUGGUCCGGGCUGCUGGGAAACUGAUGCUCCUGCAGAAGAUGUUGAACAAGCUGAAGAACGAUGGCCAUCGAGUGCUGAUCUUCUCCCAGAUGACAAAAAUGCUGGACCUCCUGGAGGACUUUCUAGAGCACGAGGGCUACAAGUACGAGCGCAUCGAUGGUGGCAUCACAGGCAACCUCCGACAGGAAGCGAUUGACCGCUUCAAUGCCCCCGGGGCCCAGCAGUUCUGCUUUCUCCUCUCAACCCGCGCCGGAGGCCUCGGCAUCAACCUGGCCACAGCCGACACCGUCAUCAUCUACGACUCCGACUGGAACCCGCACAACGACAUCCAGGCCUUCAGCCGCGCCCACCGUAUCGGGCAGAACCGCAAGGUGAUGAUCUACCGCUUCGUCACCCGGGCCUCGGUGGAGGAGCGCAUCACCCAGGUGGCCAAGAAAAAGAUGAUGCUCACCCACCUGGUGGUCCGGCCGGGCUUAGGCUCCAAGUCGGGCUCCAUGUCCAAGCAGGAGCUGGACGACAUCCUCAAGUUCGGCACCGAGGAGCUCUUCAAGGACGAGAUGGAGAGCCUGGCCCUCGGGCUGGCGCUGAAAGGGGACGCCAAGGAAGGGGAGGACAUUAAUGUGAUUCACUACGACGAUGAGGCCAUCGACAAGCUGUUGGACAGGAACCAGGAUGACACAGAGGACACCGACCUGCAGAACAUGAACGAGUACCUCAGCUCCUUCAAAGUGGCCCAGUACAUGGUGCGGGAGGAGGCCGAGGAGGAAGAGCAGACGGUGGAGCGGGAGAUCAUUAAGCAGGAGGAGAGCGUGGACCCCGAUUACUGGGAGAAACUCCUCAGGCACCACUACGAGCAGCAGCAGGAGGAUCUGGCCCGGCACCUAGGCAAAGGGAAGAGGAUCCGGAAACAGGUCAACUAUAACGACGCCUCGCAGGAGGAUCGAGACUGGCAGGAUGACCAGUCAGACAACCAAUCGGAUUAUUCAGUGGCCUCUGAGGAAGGAGAUGAGGAUUUCGACGAGAGGACAGAAGCCGGACGCAGACCCAAUCGAAGAGCUCUCCGGAACGACAAGGACAAGCCGCUGCCCCCACUACUCGCAAGGGUUGGAGGCAACAUCGAGGUCCUGGGAUUUAAUGCGCGGCAACGCAAAGCCUUCCUGAACGCCAUCCUGCGGUAUGGGAUGCCUCCCCAGGACGCUUUCACAUCCCAGUGGUUGGUCCGAGAUCUCCGUGGCAAAACAGAGAAGGAAUUCAA